AAGCACUUCCGGGAUGGAUCUUUCGUGGUGUGGAGGCCAAUCUCACACCCUCCCACCCCCGCCAACGUGUGCGGCAACCUAGUUCUAUACUGACUGAGAUCCGGCUGGAGACCAAGUCGCACGAGAGAAUGGUUCCUAGGCGCAUCAGUUUUCCUGUAAAAAGGAUUAUAUUCCACGUCCCAGUGCAAUACGUAGAACAUAACCUUUAAAAGCAGCUCUUUUUAUAUUAUCUUUAAGUUCUUACUGCUUUAUAUGUUAAUCUGAACCUAAUCAGUGAUUUUCCCAGGAGCGCUAUACUUUUAAGUAAAAAACGAAAAUACCUGUAUGAACCAGUAUCGACGACUAGUAUAUACAUUUGCGGAGAAUUACGUAAUCAGUCCAAAAACCAGCGUGCCAAAGCGUUUCCCCAGGGCUCUGUCCGGAUUCUGAAGCACUGCAUAAAGGGGUCUGUCUGAGCCCAAUUUACUUCCGGUGGGGAAGGGAAAGGGAAGACACCACCGGAAGCAAGGAAGGUGCUGUGUAAUCAUUAAGGAGCGGAGGCUUUUGGAGCUGCUAAAAUGCCGGAUUACCUCGGUGCCGAUCAGCGGAAGACCAAAGAGGAUGAGAAGGACGACAAGCCCAUCCGAGCUCUGGAUGAGGGGGAUAUUGCCUUGUUGAAAACUUAUGGUCAGAGCACUUACUCUAGGCAGAUCAAGCAAGUUGAAGAUGACAUUCAGCAACUUCUCAAGAAAAUUAAUGAGCUCACUGGUAUUAAAGAAUCUGACACUGGCCUGGCCCCACCAGCACUCUGGGAUUUGGCUGCGGAUAAGCAGACACUCCAGAGUGAACAGCCUUUACAGGUUGCCAGGUGUACAAAGAUAAUCAAUGCUGAUUCGGAGGACCCAAAAUACAUUAUCAACGUAAAGCAGUUUGCCAAGUUUGUGGUGGACCUUAGUGAUCAGGUGGCACCUACUGACAUUGAAGAAGGGAUGAGAGUGGGCGUGGAUAGAAAUAAAUAUCAAAUUCACAUUCCAUUGCCUCCUAAGAUUGACCCAACAGUUACCAUGAUGCAGGUGGAAGAGAAACCUGAUGUCACAUACAGUGAUGUUGGUGGCUGUAAGGAACAGAUUGAGAAACUGCGAGAAGUAGUUGAAACCCCAUUACUUCAUCCAGAGAGGUUUGUGAACCUUGGCAUUGAGCCUCCCAAGGGCGUGCUGCUCUUUGGUCCACCCGGUACAGGCAAGACACUCUGUGCGCGGGCAGUUGCUAAUCGGACUGAUGCGUGCUUCAUUCGAGUUAUUGGAUCUGAGCUUGUACAGAAAUACGUCGGUGAGGGGGCUCGAAUGGUUCGUGAACUCUUUGAAAUGGCCAGAACAAAAAAAGCCUGCCUUAUCUUCUUUGAUGAAAUUGAUGCUAUUGGAGGGGCUCGUUUUGAUGAUGGUGCUGGAGGUGACAAUGAAGUGCAGAGAACAAUGUUGGAACUGAUCAAUCAGCUUGAUGGUUUUGAUCCUCGAGGCAAUAUUAAAGUGCUGAUGGCCACUAACAGACCUGAUACUUUGGAUCCAGCACUGAUGAGACCAGGGAGAUUGGAUAGAAAAAUUGAAUUUAGCUUGCCGGAUCUAGAGGGUCGGACCCACAUAUUUAAGAUUCACGCUCGUUCAAUGAGUGUUGAAAGAGAUAUCAGAUUUGAAUUGUUAGCACGACUAUGUCCAAAUAGCACUGGUGCUGAGAUUAGAAGCGUCUGCACAGAGGCUGGUAUGUUUGCCAUCAGAGCACGGCGAAAAAUUGCUACCGAGAAGGAUUUCUUGGAAGCUGUAAAUAAGGUCAUUAAGUCUUAUGCCAAAUUCAGUGCUACUCCUCGUUACAUGACAUACAACUGAACCCUGAAGGCUUUCAAGUGAAAACUUUAAAUUGGAAUCCUAACCUUAUAUAGACUUGUUAAUAACCAAUUCAUAAACAAAUAAAUGGCUUCAAAAUUGUA